AUGGCCUCCUCCUACGACCCCUCCUUGUACCUCUCCGACCUCGGCCCCGCCUACGUCGACCUCCCGCCCACCCCGCAGCAGCCGCAGUGCCCCCAGCCCAGCGGCGGGGCCGCGGCGUGGCCGGAGGACAUGGUCCUCCCCUUCAUCUCCCGCAUGCUCAUGGAGGAGGACAUCGACGACAAGUUCUUCUACGAGUACCCCGACCAUCCGGCGCUGCUCCAGGCGCAGCAGCCCUUCCUCGACAUCCUCUCCGACGACGCCUCCUCGUCCCCGUCCGCGGCCCGCAGCGGCGCCAGCGUCACCCACCCCUCCACCGCCACCUCCUCCUCCGACGCCGCCGACGCGCUCCUCACCCCUGCCGCCGUCGACUCCUACGCCCAGUUCAACGCCUUCGACCUCGACCCGGCCGCCUUCUUCAGCGGCGGGGCCAACUCCGACCUCAUGAGCUCCGCCUUCCUCAAGGGCAUGGAGGAGGCCAACAAGUUCCUCCCCAGCCAGGACAAGCUUGUCAUCGACCUCGACCCGCCCGACGACGCCAAGAGCUUCGUCCGCCCCGCAGAGAACAAGCUCGCGGCAUCCGGGUUCAAGUUCAACGGCGCCGCUCCCGCUGCCGCGGUGGCCGUGAAGGUGGAGGAGGCGGUCGUGUCGGCGUCUGGAGGCGGCGUCGGGGGCCGCGGACGGAAGAACAGGUUCGACGACGACGAGGACAACCUGGAGAUGGACCGCCGGAGCAGCAAGCAGAGCGCGCUGCAGGGGGAUGGCGACGACCGGGACGUCCUCGACAAGCAGUACAUGAUCACCUCCCACGAGAUGUGCGUCGCCGUCGAGCAGAUGGAGAAGCUGCGGAUCCCCAUGCAGGAGGAGGGCGGUGGGAACGGCAAGGCCAACGCCAAGGGAGGAGGAGGCCGCCGCGGCGGGAGGGAGGUCGUGGACCUGCGCACGCUGCUCCUCCACUGCGCCCAGGCUGUCGCCACCGACGACCGCCGCAGCGCCAUCGAGCUGCUCAAGCAGAUCAAGCGGCACGCCAGCCCGCAGGGGGACGCCACGCAGCGCCUCGCCCACUGCUUCGCCGAGGGCCUGCAGGCGCGGCUCGCCGGCACGGGCAGCCGCAUGGUGUACCAGUCGCUGAUGGCCAAGCGCACGUCCGUGGUCGACAUACUCCAGGCGUACCAGCUGUACAUGGCCGCCAUCUGCUUCAAGAAGGCGGCCUUCCUCUUCUCGAACCAGACCAUCUACGAUGCCUCCCUGGGUAAGAAGAAGAUACAUAUCGUCGACUACGGGAUACACUAUGGCUUCCAGUGGCCAUGCUUCCUGCGACGGAUAGCAUGCAGGGAGGGCGGGCCUCCGGAGGUGAGGAUCACUGGCAUCGACCUUCCCCAGCCAGGGUUCCGCCCGACUCAGCGCGCUGAGGAGACAGGGCGCCGGCUCAGCAAGUACUGCCAAGAGUUUGGCGUGCCAUUCAGGUACCAGGUGAUGGCAGCGUCCAGGAUGGAGACCAUCCGUGCUGAGGACCUGAACCUGGACCCAGAGGAGGUGCUCAUUGUGAACUGCAUCUACCAGUUUCAGAACCUGAUGGAUGAGAGUGUUCUGAUUGAGAGCCCAAGGGAUGUUGCGCUCAACAACAUCAGGAAGAUGCGGCCUCAUGCGUUCGUCCAUGGAGUCGUGAAUGGCUCCUUCAGCGCGCCGUUCUUUGUGACGAGGUUCCGGGAGGCUCUGUUCUACUACUCGGCCCUGUUUGAUGUCCUGGACACAACCACCCCGAGAGACAGCAGCCAGAGGAUGCUGAUUGAGCAAAACAUCUUUGGGAGGGCUGCCCUGAAUGCCAUUGCGUGUGAGGGCACUGAUCGUGUGGAGCGCCCCGAGACGUACAGGCAAUGGCAGGUGCGGAAUCAACGAGCAGGAUUGAAGCAGCUGCCACUGAACCCUAAUAUCGUGCAGGUGGUGCGGGACAAGGUCAAGGGGUGCUACCACAAGGACUUUGUGGUUGAUAUUGAUCACCACUGGCUCUUGCAGGGAUGGAAGGGCCGCAUCCUCUAUGCCAUCUCGACAUGGGUGGCAAAUGAUGAUGAUGCUGGUUCUUACGUUUAGCUACCUGGUUUUUUUUUUCACUCUGUUGUCUACAAAUAUAUAUAGGUUUUGGUAUGUCAUCUAAUAGAUAUAUCUAGUGACAGUGUGUUCUG